AUGGAUGCAACUGACAAAGACGCUCCUGUCGCCGUUGUCACUGGUGCAGCAUCUGGCAUCGGCCUUGCGGUGACAAAAUUCCUCGUGGCCAGAGGAUAUAGAGUGGUGAUGGCAGAUUGGAACGACGAGCUAGCGAAAAAGGAGUCCACGGCACUUGGGGAUCAAACGAGCGUCAUCAAAUGUGAUGUGGCUUCAUGGGAUAGUCAAGCAACAAUGUUCGCCACGGCCAUUAAGAUUUGGGGUCGAAUAGAUGUGGUACAUGCUAACGCAGGCAUCCCUGAUCAACUCCCGCUCUUCCAUGACAACAGUAUAGAGCCGCAGAAGCCUAAGACACUUGCGAUUGAGGUAGACCUUUACGGUGUGAUAUAUUCAACUAGCUUGGCGUUGUUCUACAUCAGGCAAAAUAAAGGACGCGGUGGAAAGAUCAUUAUCACUGCUUCACAAGCUGGAGUUUAUCCUCUUGCUACAGGACCUUUAUACGCGGCAGCAAAAAGCGGGUGUAUCAACAUGAUGCGCUCGAUUGCAAAAAGUUGUGCCAAAGAGCAAAUUUAUGUGAACUGUAUUUGCCCUGGUCUGACAGAUACUGGCCUCACACAUAAUGCAAUGGACCAGUUUCCCAAGAAUAUUGUCGCGCCGAUGGAAAAUCACAUUAGGACGAUAGAAACUUUCCUUGAUACCGAUAUAUAUGGAGCAGCCAUGGAAUCUGAUGCUGGUGGAUUGUUCAACCGGCAAAAACCAGACUACUGGUCACCAGAACAUCAGGCCUGGUUGGAAAGUGACGAAACUGCCGAUGCAUGGGAGAAAGGAGGUCCGUUGGGAUCAUCACAACUUGGAAGUGACCAUAGAUGA